UGUUGGGCAGAAGCACGUGUCGUUUCAGGCGUCUGGUCAGAACAAAAAUGUGCACUUCAUCAUCAUAUCCCGUCUUCUUCUCCAACUCAAUCUGUUCCAACAAUGGUGAAAUUCGUAACAAAAUUAAGCAUAAUAAUAAAUGCAUAGCCCCCAACUUCCGAACCAUUUCGUUGCCAUUUCAAGCAUUUGGCUUGUGCAGGUCGAUUCCUCGUCACUCUUCCAAGAAAUCCAGAUCGGCUCCGGCAUUUUCCAUGGCCGCGACGGCUAGUGCCGGCGAAGUUCUUCCCCCUGCUCUUGGUUCCGCCUCCGAGCCCCCGCCUCUUUUCGAUGGAACCACAAGGCUGUAUACCUCUUACAUCUGUCCAUAUGCUCAGCGUCCCUGGAUUGCAAGGAAUUACAAGGGUCUGCAGGAGAAGAUCAAGUUAGUUCCUAUUGAUCUCAGAGACAAGCCUGCUUGGUAUAAAGAGAAAGUCUACCCAUCAGAUAAGGUGCCAUCACUGGAGCACAAUAAUGAAGUCCGAGGAGAGAGUCUUGAUUUGAUAAAAUACAUUGAUAGCCAUUUUGAAGGGCCAGCACUUUGCCCUGAUGAUCCCGCCAAGAGAGACUUUGCUGAGGAACUGCUCUCCUAUACAGACACCUUUACUCAAGCAGCAAUCAAAUCUGUGAAAGGAGAUUCUGAAACUGAAAUCAGUACUGCUCUUGAUUACCUGGAAACAACACUCUCCAAAUUCAAAGAUGGACACUUCUUCCUUGGUCAGUUCAGUCUAGUUGACAUAGCAUAUGCUCCAUUCAUUGAAAGAUUCCAGCCCUUAUUAUUGGAUGUAAAGAAAUACGAUAUCACUAAAGGAAGACCUUUGCUGACAUCAUGGAUUCAGGAAAUGAACAAGAUUGAGGCCUAUACUCAAACCAAACGGGAUCCUGAAGAACUUGUUGCCGUCAUGAAGAGACUUCUAUCGUUAAACUGAAGAUCUAGCUUGACCACUGCUGGAGAUCAGUUGCUUCGCUGCAGUUAGAAUCACACUACCGGAACAAAUUGUAGCAUGAAUAUCCAUCAAAAUAAAUGUUUAGCUGCAGAAGACAUUAUGAGAGGCUGUAUGAGCUGAUGGUGAUUAAUCCACAUGUUACUUAAAAUAUUCUCCUAAUUCUGUGGCAGACUCAAUUUCAGGGUGUUUAGUUUGAUGUCUAGCGAAAGCCAAACAGUAGCAUUCAGUCUAGUUGACUGAGUUAAUUCAUUAUGGCAUUUGGGACAUGAACUGUUUUAGGAGGUGGAGAAAUUGGUUCCUGCAGAGCUGGCUGUGGAAGAAGUGAUUGAACAGAUCACGUGCCAGUUUUUCAACUCCCCA